AUGUCCACAGACUCCACACAAAAGAGAGAUGUGCAGCUAAAGGCUGAUAUCAGCAGCACUGUCUCAGAGAAUGGAAAUGAUCAGAGUGGCAUGAAUAUUUCUCCUGCAACCAAUGAGAAGACCAAAUCAACAGUGAGGAAGGGCAUCAAAACCUCUGCAUUCCUCCGAAGAACAUGGAAGGCUGUGAAAAAAUCCUUUCAGAAAAACAGAGUGGAUCCCUUUGGAGUCUCAGCACAGCCUGAUCCAGAGCCAUCGUGUGUCCCAGAUCCUGAAGCAGAAGAUACAGUGGACCUGGUUGAUGAAGAACAGUUGUGUGCUGAAGGCCAAAGUGGUGCUAAACUUCAAGUGACAGCAGAAACUCCCAAAACUCAAGUGACAACAGACUCCACACAAAAGAGAGAUGUGCAGCUGAAGGCUGAUAUUAGCAGCACUGUCUCAGAGAAUGGAAAUGAUCAGCGUGGCAUGAAUAAUGAAAAGACCAAAUCAAAAGUGAUGAAGAGCAACAAAAUCUGUGCAUUCUUUCAAACAAGAUGGAAGUGUGUGAAAAAAUCCUUCCAGAAAAGCAGAGUGGAGCCUAUUGAGAUCCCAGCACAGCCUGAUCCAGAGCCAUCGUGUGUCCCAGAUCCUGAAGCAGAAGCUGGAGUAGAUCUGGUUGAUUCACAUCGUGUCCCAGAUCCUGAAGCAGAAGCUGAAGUAGAGCUGGUUGAUUCACAUCGUGUCCCAGAUCCUGAAGCAGAAGCUGAAGUAGAUCUGGUUGAUUCACAUCGUGUCCCAGAUCCUGAAGCAGAAGCUGAAGUAGAUCUGGUUGAUUCACAUCGUGUCCCAGAUCCUGAAGCAGAAGCUGGAGUAGAUCUGGUUGAUUCACAUCGUGUCCCAGAUCCUGAAGCAGAAGCUGGAGUAGAGCUGGUUGAUGCACAUCAGUUUUGUGUCGCAGGUCCAAAUGGUCCUGAACCUCAAGUGAAAACAGAAACUCAAGUGACAACAGAGUUGCCAAUGUUACAUAAUGUCCUUCUAAACAUUUUCCAACUGGAGCGUCGCAUGUGCAAAUGUAGAGUUAUGUGGACACCUAUCACUGAGGUCUGGCCCAGUGUCUUCAUGGGAAAUGAGGAGACAGCAAUGGACCGAGUCAAACUGAAGGAGAUGGGUAUUACUCACAUCCUGAACACUGCGGCAUACAAGGAAUAUCCAGAAGGAAAGAUCGAUACAAAAGCGGAAUAUUACCAAGAAAUGAACAUCACUUACUACGGCGUGCUUGUAACGGAUGAACACAGGUUUGACAUCAGCAAGGACUUAUUCCCAGCUUCAGAAUUCAUCCACAAGGUCCUGAGUAACACAGAAAAUAAGUUGUUAGUGCACUGCAUAGAUGGUGUCAGCCGCUCUGCCACAUUUUUUCUGGCGUACCUGAUGAUCCACCAUGAAAUGUUGUUGGAGGAUGCCAUCGACCACGUCAUAGACAAGAGAUGGAUCAGGCCAAACAGGGACUUCAUGAAGCAGCUGAUAACCCUCAAUUCAAACCUCGUAACACAGGGGAAACUACAGCUAAGAAAACCCAUAAACACAGAUAAAAUAAAAAACGGAGAGGACGCAGUUGCGCACCCUGUUCCAGAACCAUUGUGUGAGCCAGGUCCGAGCAAACCUAAACCAGAACCUCAAGUGACAAAAGAGCUUUCAGUAUUAGAAAGUCAUGUCUCUCUAAGUGUCCUUCAACUCCAGGAUCGCGUGGAUGAAUAUACACUGUACUGCACACCUGUCACUGAGGUCUGGCCCAAUGUCUUCAUUGGAAAUGAAGAGACGGCAAGAAACCGAGCCAAACUGAAAGGGAUGGGGAUUACUCACAUCCUGAAUGCUGCGGCAGUGGAGAAGAGCUUGAAGGUCUUGUCUGAAAUUCCAAGCAAGAAAAGCCUAAAAGGAAAGGUCAAUACAGGAGAGGCAUAUUACCAAGGCAGGAGCAUCAAUUACUAUGAUGUGCCUGCAGAAGACAAAUGCUCAUUUAACAUCAGCGAGUACUUCUUCCCAGCCGCACAGUUCAUCCACCAGGCCCUGAGUAACCCAAAGAGUUUUGAGUGUCUUUCUACUUUUAUUUCCACAGAUAAGGUGUUGGUGCACUGCAAAAAGGGUCUCAGCCGCUCUGCCACACUUGUUCUGGCAUAUCUGAUGAUUUACCAUGACAUGAUGGUGGAGGAUGCCAUUGACCAUGUCAUGGAGGCGAGAGACAUCAGGCCCAACAUAGGCUUCUUGAAGCAACUGACAAUCCUCAAUUCAAACCUCAAAAGUCAGCGGAUACUACAGUUAAAAAAACAGAUCAAAGUUGAAAAAGAAACGGAUUAAAAACACUUGAUGCAAAAUAAAAACAAAUAUGUAAAACAGUUUGUCUAAAUUUUAUUAAAUUGAGCAUUAUUUCUUAAGUCCUGUGGAGUAACAUCAUGUUACUAAAGCAAUAGAAAUACACACGUAGUACAAACUAAAAAAAGUGAAGUAACACCUCGCCUGCACAAGAUGUAAGUGCCUCUUCAAAAGCACAUAGAACGAAUUACUUUCAGUCAUAGACAGUCAAAAUUUGACCUACUCCAAACCUACUAUAAGUAUUUUUUUUAAAGUAGUAAACCUACGUUAAGUGGGUUUGGAGUAACGUCAUUAAGUACCUGAAAUGUUGCUGAAAAUGUCAAUAAACAAUAAAUAAAUAAAGUCUU